AUGGCGCAGUCGGAUCUCGAUGUGCUGCUCGACAUGGGCUUCGAGAAGGAGCGGGCAGAGCUUGCCGUCAAACGCUCUGGGGGUCUGCAGGGAGCUUUGACGUGGCUCGAAGAGACGCAAGACACGCCGCUGGAGACGCUCAAGGCUUCCAGUGCCACGGCCGCAGCAAAGGACGGCACCGACGGCGAGCUGGACGACGACGAGGGUGCAACAGCGGCUGCCAUCAGUGCCCUCGAAUCAGGCCAGGAGGCCAAGUCGCUCGUGUGCAACGAGUGUGGCAAGAAGUUCCGGAGCCAGGCCACGGCCGAGUUUCAUGCCUCGAAGUCUGGUCAUACAGACUUUGCAGAGUCCACCGAGGAAAUUGCACCGCUGACGGAAGAGGAGAAGAAGGCCCGCCUCGAGGAGCUCCGGGAACGGCUCAAGGCGAAGCGUGCCAACCAGGCCAUUGCCGACCGUGAGGACCAGAAGAAGAACGAGAAAAUUCGCAUGAAGGCCACCAAGGAGACUCAAGAUUUGAAGGAGGAGCUUGAGCGGAAGGAGCGAAUCAAGGAGGCGGCCAAGAAGCGCGCAGAGAAGGUUGCCGAUGCAGAUGCCAAGAGGUUGGUCAAGGCUCGCAUUGAGGCUGACAAGGAAGAGCGUCGCCGGAAAGCGGAGCUGGCCAAAGCGGCCCGCGAAGGCCGUGCACCAGAGACACCUGCUGCACCGUCAGCUCCGGCGGGCGGCGGACUGGCAGCCGCGGUCGCAGCUUCCUCGUCCUCCUCGUCGAACCAGGCCCGUCUCCGCCUGCAACUGCCGACAGGAAACGUCCAGAAGACUUUUGACGCCGAGGCCACGCUGUUCGAGGUGGCACAGGCUCUGGAAGCGGACGACGGAUUCAAAGCCAACAAGUUCGAGCUGACGUUUCCGCGGAAAACGUUUGAGGGCGCAACCGACAUGAGCAAGACACUCCGGGAGCUGGGCCUGACGCCCAGUGCUGUGCUCCGGGUGCAGUAG